AUGGCAGGCUAUGGUGGAGCUGCAGACGGAACAGCUUAUAACCCUCAAAGUCAAAUGAAUUUGAGUUCACUCAAAAAUCAAAUAACAGAUGUCAAAAAGUCAAACAUAGACAUACAGAAGCAAAUAAGUGAAAACGAAAAGAAACUAGAAUAUGACAGACACACAAAGAAACUAAAUGAGUUAAACGUAGAGAAAAAGAAGAAAGAAGAACAACUGAAAGAACUAAGUACAGAGCAAUAUGCGAAAAAAGUGUCAGAAAAAGCAGCAGAAGUAGCAAAAAUGGAACAAGAUGUCAUAAAUUUGAAAAACCAUACUACUCAAUAUAAAGUACUGAAAGAUGAAGAGAUAAAACAAAAAGCCCUGAAGACAUAUAUGGAUAGCAAUGAGUAUAAAAAAGAAGUUGAAGCAAAUGUAAAGGCAGAAAAACUUUUACAGUUGCAAAACCAAACCGUACAGUAUGAAAACUUAGCACAAGAAAGUAAAAAUAACGACGCAGCCAUGCAAAAGGCAAUGAAAAGCGCAGAAUAUAUAAAAGCUAACAAUGACUGGUUAGAUGCCCAAGCCAACGCCAAAGCAGCCCAGCUUAUAGGGUCAAUAAGGACAAAAAUACAAGCGGAUGAAGACAGUUCAAAUGAAGCUUUAACGAAUGCUGACUUUAAGAACGCCUUCGAAGCUCUUCAUAGUAAGGUGAAACUAGUGAACGACUUCUCAUCUGGAAAGAAACUGAAGUCUGAAGGUUUCGACAAAGAGUUAAAAGAAGUAGCACAAAAUAUGACGAAAAUAACAGAUGCAGCAACGAGACAGGCAGUUCAAAGUGCCUAUGACGCCGUUAGAGCAACUGUUGUGAAAAGUCAAGAAAAAGAGUUACAACAGACCAAAACAGACCUAGUAAAUGCUUUCUUAAGAACGAAAAGUCAGGUAGGACAUUACGCUGCAGAUGGAACAUAUGUGCCAGCUGGUGGAACUUAUAUACCAGCUGU